GCAAGAAUGCGAUCAGAUCGGUAAAAAACAAGUCCUUGUGUUGUCUUCACUCGGUCGAAGCAGAGACGCUCUAAGAUGCAGCCGCUCAUCCUGCCCGUUCUCCUGGCAUCUCUCUGGACUGUCUGCACAAGAGCUGGAGACUGGUGUUAUCAGUCCCAGUUCACCUGUGAUCAUCAGUGCAAUGGACCAGACAAGUGGAACCACGCCAACAGCAACUGUGGAGGAAAAUACCAGUCGCCCAUCAACAUCGUUACCAGAAAGACAUUGACAGAUGAGCGUCUGACUCCUUUCCAGUUCAACAACUACCAGCAGAUCUUCAGAGGCACAAUCAAGAACAACGGCCACACAGUUGUGGUUGGAGUUCCUCAUCUCAGCACCAUCUCAGGUGGAGGCCUGCCAUCCACCUACAAGGCUGUACAGUUCCACCUUCACUGGGGCAAGAAUGGAGGGCCUGGCUCCGAACACACCAUCGAUGGGGAGCAGUAUCCCAUGGAGCUGCACAUUGUUCACAUGAAGAGCCAAUACAAUGAUUUGACAACAGCACUAGCCGACCAAGAGGGAGUUGCGGUCCUUGGGUUUUUCUACGAGAAAUCCAACAGUGCAAACCGAAAGUACGACCCCAUCAUCAAUUCUCUGCGAAGCAUCAAAGCUACAAAUACCAACACUUCUCUGCUUAGCAUCUCCCUGACACAGCUGAUCCCAUCUGAGCAGAAUCUGACCGCCUACUACCGCUACAAGGGCUCUCUGACCACCCCUGGGUGCACUGAGGCUGUGAUUUGGACUUUGUUUGAGAAUCCCAUCCCUCUGAGCAUGGAUCAGCUGCGGGUGUUCUCUGAGCUCAAGUUCCACGAUGGAAAUCCAAUGGUGGAGACUUUCAGGCCGGUCCAGCCCCUUAACGGCCGGCAGGUGUUCCGAUCAGGAAGCGCGGUCAUCCUGGCCAGCUCCGCCCUCCUCAUCGCCACCAUUGCCACGGCCUUGGGACUGUCCCAACCCAACUAAAAAGCGAGGUAUCCUGUGCUGCACUGCAACGCCCAUGAACACAAUAAGUUCUGUAUCACUCUUCAGCUGAACCCCGGUUUGUUAACUUCAUCAUUGCAUGGUUGCUAAGAUGAUCGACCACAUCGCAGUGCAGGCGUGGUGUUCUUCCCUUAUGACACAAAUGACAAAGGCGUUCAAGAGAUGCUUUACGAAAGGUGCUGUAAGGGUUUGAUGAGCAUUCAUGCAUGCAUAGAGAAGAAGUAAGUCUUAUUUCAACAUUAUGAAUGUGCCAUAAAGCAGGUUACCAAGCAGUGACAGCUCAAUUCAACACCAGACCCUUUAGUCAUGCCCUAAUUUUUCACAGCAUCAUUUUAUAAACACCAGUGCGCACACACACACACAUCACACGUCCUCGUACACUUUAGGCCUCAUCCACCUUGUCCAAUGUCAGGUAAAUUUAGUCUCUGCUAAUGUCAUUGUGAGUUGCUGAUGGCCUGUGCUCUGAGCGCCAUUGCCAGCCCCAUGACCUGGCAUGUGGUGUGUUGUUCUCAAAGGGGCAUGUGAACGGCAUGGAGCUAUUAAUAGCAGAACUGAGUCAUAAUAACAAGCUCCAUUUCAAAGCCAGCGGUCAAAGGAGUCAGCAGUUUGGCUUUUCUUUCAAAGUCCAGGAGCUCGCAGCGCGGCCAUCAGGUGAACCCCUCACAGCCACUUAGUCAGCAGUUGGUUUGGAAGAGGCGGGGGUGGGAGGAGUAGGGAGGUCUUACCUUUCUCUGCGGGAAUCCAGUGUCAGGAAAUUCCAUGAUGAACAACUGUGUGCUGUUCUGAGUGCAGAGCUGCAGUCUCUCUCCUCCCAGAGCCAGAGACUGACACCUGAGACACAAAGAUAAAGCUUCAAAGAUCCUAAUGCUAAUGCUAACAGAGGAUCACAAAGUGGGUGACAGCUCAGGGAAGAGGGAGCAUCUGCAGCGUGAGGAGACAGCAAUACUUCUGUAAACCAACCAGCGUUAGAAAAGUGUCACUUCUCUUUUCAAACCCAGCAGCAUUAUUUUCAUGCAUCUCACAAGCGCUCGCAUGAAUCCGCAUGUCUUGAUGUUCCAGUUUAUUAUGAGCUACAUGUACACACAGCUGCUGGAGUGAAGCUGCACACACUAAACCGUGCUUGCCAAAUUCAUACACACACCUCAGUCACUCCAUUUCCCAUUGUUGACCCGCAAAGUUCAGUGAGCUUAUCUUGAGAACAUGUGACUGUGUUCAUGGCUUGUAUUACAGGGUCUCGGAUGCACUGAAUGUUAUCGACUGUGAAUUACACCCCACUGAGUUCUCACUCAUUUAUUCAGGAGAACUCGUCAUGUAUUCUAGUGAGAGAUCUGUGCAAUUUUCCAGCAAGAUUUAUUGUGAUGAUCGAGCAAGGAAACUGUAUAUUUUCCAUUGUUUCAUAAGGCAUCAAGUUAUAUUUCUAUGCUGUGUCAUUGUACACAUGUAUUUAUGUACUGAAUGUGUAUAUUGAUAUGAAACGCACAGUUAUUGUUAUUUAUGUAUUGCAAAGUUUAUAUAGUACUGAAUGCAUAUAUGAAGCAUCAAGUUGUUCAUGACCAAUCAAGUUUACUUAUGUUACUUAUGAUGUUCAAGUGUAUGAGAUUGUCAGAUUGUUGUAAUGUUUGAAAAUGUCAUAAAUAAUAUGGAGAAUGUGUUCCAACUGAACAAUAAACUACUUCCAUGCCUUUUUAA